AUGAAAGGCUUAUUUGACAUCGGGACGGCUAGUGCAACGGUACGUCGUCUGGUAUCAAUGAUUCGGGAAAAGCCUCUUGGUGAAGAGACGACCAACAUCGAGGAUGAACACUGGCCUGAAAAAGCGGUAAAAAGUUUGGUAAAGAAACUCAAAAAAUCAAAAGCUAUCGAUGAAUUGGAAAAAGCAAUUUCGAGUGAAGAUCCAAAUACUGAUUGUGUGUGUAUUCCACGGUCAUUGGAUGGCCGGUUACAGGUGUCACAACGUAAGUGUUUGCCUCAUGUUAUCUACUGUCGUAUGUGGCGUUAUCCAGAACUUGCUUCAUCUCAUCAGUUGAAAUCUGUUCCACAUUGUCGUUUUCCGUAUAGCAAGAAGCUGGAAUCAGUCUGUGUCAAUCCCUAUCACUAUGAAAGAAUCGAGAAUCCUCCACUUCCUGCUAUUCUUAUACCCCGAAAUGACAAUGGAAUUAGCAGCCUUUCCAAUGUUGGUGAUCUUUCAAAACCACUCCGAACUGUUUAUCCAGCAAUGGACACUAAUGAGAUGGUGACGCAAGGUGUCCCGAAUCGCACUGUAAUUGGUAGUGAACAGGCAGGAUGGCAGAAUAAUCUCAAUUCCUCAAUGCUUUCAUCACCAAAUAUAAACAGUCCUGUUGGAAUUAAUGCUAUCAGUAUUAUGCCACUAUCGCCCACUGAGAACACAAUGGAAAAUCGGUUAUUCCCUGCCAAUACUGAGGCAAUUUCUCCACGUGGAUAUAUGAGCGAAGAUUUGGAAAUGGACGAAGGUCAGAGCCCAGAUUCAUCACAAGUACUUUCACCGACAGCUAAUAAUUUGAAUUUAAUCGCCGUCGAAUAUUGUGAACCGCCGUUUUGGUGUUCCGUGUCAUACUAUGAGUUGUCAGAACGAGUUGGUGAAACGUUUCAUGCAUCACAACCAUCUUUGAUUGUUGACGGAUAUACAGCACCUUCUGACGCGGAACGUUUUUGCCUCGGUCAACUUUCCAAUGUUAACCGUACUGCUAGUGUCAUGGAAGCUCGAAAACAUAUCGGUCGCGGUGCUCGCUUCUAUUAUAUAGGAAGUGAGGUGUUCUGUGAAUGCUUAAGUGAUUCGGCUAUAUUUGUGCAAAGUCCAAAUUGUAAUCAGCGACAUGGUUGGCAUCCGGCUACGGUCUGUAAAAUCCCACCUAAUUGCAAUUUGAAAAUUUUUAACAACGCCGAAUUUGCUGCAUUACUAGCUGCAUCAGUUCCGCAAGGCUUCGAAGCUGUUUAUGCUCUUACUCGAAUGUGCACUAUUCGAGUAUCUUUCGUAAAAGGUUGGGGUGCGGAGUAUCGUCGUCAAACGAUCACCGCUACGCCAUGUUGGGUCGAAGCUUAUCUUAAUGGUCCAUUACAAUGGCUGGAUAGUGUUUUGAAGCAAAUGGGCAGUCCACCAAAUCGAUGCACAAGCUUCACCUAG